UAGUUCCGCCUCUGCUCUUAAGGAGGGACCGGGUUUGGCCUAGGCCAGGAGAAGGGCGAGAGGGCCGGCUGGCCUGCGUGCCUGCUUGCCUAGCGUUUCCCAUCACGUCGGGAGCGGCCUGACAUGAACAAGUCGGAGAUGGCAGACGAGGCCCUCUUCCUGUUGUUGCACAACGAGAUGGUGUCUGGGCUGUAUCGCGCCGCGGAGCAAGGCGACGGGGAAAAUGGACGAUGCAUCACAAAACUGGAAAAUAUGGGGUUUAGAGUGGGACAGGGAUUAAUAGAAAGGUUUACCAAAGAUACUGCCAGAUUCAAAGAUGAACUAGAUAUAAUGAAGUUUAUCUGCAAAGAUUUUUGGACUACUGUGUUCAAAAAGCAAAUUGAUAACCUCAGGACCAAUCAUCAGGGCAUUUAUGUGCUUCAGGAUAACAAAUUUCGUCUCCUGACUCAAAUGUCUGCUGGUAAACAGUAUCUGGAACAUGCCCCUAAGUAUUUGGCAUUUACUUGUGGAUUAAUUAGAGGUGCAUUAUCAAACCUGGGAAUCAAGAGCAUUGUAACAGCUGAGGUGUCAACAAUGCCUGCAUGUAAAUUUCAGGUGAUGAUUCAGAAGAUAUAGACAUGUAUAAAAUCAUCCUCCUGCUUUGUAAAAUGCAAAAAUAAACAGUAUAUUUUAUUUAUAAUUAUAUUUACAUGAAGUUGUUCUGUUUUAUGUAAAAUUUAGACAAAUCGCCUGAAGAACUUUUUGAUAUGACAAAUGCCCCUUUCUUCCUAGCUUCUCUUGUAGAUUUGUAGUAUUCAGCUUGUGUGUUUCCAAGAUGAUGAUGCAUUUUACAACUUUGUAUUGAUAGAAUGGCAAUCUUAAUUAAAUGCCCAGUUCUAAUUUCUGGUUAAUUAUCAGUAUUUUGCUCUAGCAAUACAGAAUUGGUUCGUGGCUCUGAUCCAAAGGUGGGCUUUGCAAGAUCCUUGUAUGCAGUGAAUUCUUCUUAUUUUAACUAAGGCUGCAAUGUUUAAUCAAAUUAUCUUUUAGAUGACUGAAACCUAUAGAAUAAAUUUGUGUCCCCAAUCUCAA